UUUGGCAAAUCAGUCAGAUUUUCGUCGUCAGUGAGAGCGCUUACGUCGUCAUUGAAAGCAAGACUGUCACACAGCACUUCACUUUCGUUGGGAUUAGCUUGGUCUGUUAGCCUUCUCAGCUGAUAACCAAUUUUCGCCCAUUUCUUGUAUCGGAUCAAAAGAAUCGGAAGCAAUUUUAACUCCCAGAUAGUGUUAUAUUAACGCUAAACCAUGCAGCCAUUUUGUAGUCACAACGCAUUGUUCCGAGGAAUCUCGCUUGUUCUUAUUUUGCUUCAAUGUUCACAAGUUUGGAGUUACUAUAUAGUGUGUUACUUCACCAAUUGGUCACAGUAUCGCGCUCCGGGGGGGAAGUUUUUCCCUGAAGACAUCGAUCCGACAUUAUGUACACAUAUCAACUACGCCUUUGGGAAAGUUGUUGGAAACGAAAUCCAUAAAGUGGAAUGGAACGAUGACGCUCUCAUUAGCCGUGUUCUCGAUCUCAAAAAACGAAAUCCCAACCUAAAAGUCUCAAUCGCAGUUGGAGGCUGGAACGCUCGAUCUCCAGCCUUUUCCCAGUUGGUAUCUUCUCAGCAGAAUAUUAACGCCUUUUUAACGAACUCUAUUAAAUUUCUCCGAAAAUAUGGUUUUGAUGGCCUUGAUAUUGACUGGGAAUACCCAACCAAACGUGGAGGUAAACCAACUGACAGAGAAGGCUUUUCCCAGUUAAUACGGACAUUGCGACCAGCGUACCAGAGAGAAGGCUUGCUACUGACCGCAGCUCUUUCAGCAAACACACAUUUUUCACUUCAAUAUUAUAAUAUUCCAGUUCUUGCACAGUAUUUAGACUUCAUAAAUUUAAUGACAUACGAUUAUCAUGGACAAUGGGAACAGAAAGCUGGUCUUUGCAGUCCUAAUUCAGAAAUACAUGAAACAGUUGACUUCUAUAUCCGAAAUGGUGUGCCAGCAAAUAAACUUACUUUAGGUUUACCAGCGUAUGGACGAUCUUUCACUUUGGUAGAUUCUGAGUUGUACGGAGUUGAUGCUCCUGUUGCUGGAGGUGGCCAAGCAGGGAAAUAUACUCGAGAGAAAGGAUUCCUCGCGUACUACGAAAUUUGCCUAAAUAUUCGUAACAACAACUGGAUCCGCGAAUGGUUAAGCAAAGAAGGUGUCCCCACUGCUCGUUCAGGCAACCAAUGGGUUGGUUAUGAUGAUAUGCAAAGUUUUCGAGAAAAGUCAAGAUAUAUUAUAGAAAAAGGACUUCUUGGAGCAAUGUUUUGGGCCCUUGAUGAAGACGAUUUUAGCAACAAGUGCGGCAACGGAAAAUAUCCAUUGUUAACCACAAUAAACAAUGUAUUAAAAGGAGGAGUUCCACCAAUAACACAUCCAACAUAUCAACCUAUAACAACAACAAGCACAUCAGUUACACCAGUUAGAAACACUUGUGAUUAUUUUACAUCAGUCCCUUUAUAUUGUGGUCACUUACGAGGAAUGUUUUUAUAUCUUUAUGACUGCCGUUGCUUCAUUCUAUGCGAAGAGUUAUAUGCCAAAAUAUUAAGAUGUCCGUCUUAUCUCCUCUUCAACCAUCAGACUAUGAAAUGUGACUGGCCACAAAAUGUACAUUGUUUCCGUUUCCCUGGUCAACUUGGGAAAUAGUGCCGUUAUUCUGUUUACUGUAUUAUUUACUGUACAAACUUUGUUACACAUCAAUCCAAGUCUAUGUUUCUUUUGUAGUAUUUGUUAAACGAAUGCUCACAUUGCUUUACACCAGGUUCAUGUACUGAAUAAAUUUCCAUUUCAAAUAGUUCAUCUCUGAUGAAGUAAACUUAUAAUUUAUGUUAGACUAUAAAGUAACAGGUUUUAAUUGUCCUGCUGUUGCAUUUUAUUAACAAUAAAUUAUUUAAGAUAUACAUGGGACAACAGGGCUUUAAUCAUAUGUAGAUAUAACGAUAUAAUGGCUAAUGAUUGUUAUAAUAUUAUAAAAACUGCUGUAAAAUCAAGACAUUUAAAAAUACAACAGAUAUUGCAAUUGCUGUAAUUGUAACGAUUGAUGUAACAGUAUUGCUGUAGUCUUAGCUCGAUAUAAGAAUUGUACAGUUAUUUAAACAUGAAGAUUGUUGUAAGACUGUUACAUAACGACAGUAAAUGUGAAGAAAUGAUGAAUUCUGUAACAUAAGACAAUCAUUUUAACGAUGUGACAGCCGUUGUAACAACUUCACAUUUUUUAAAUUGUUAUGGUAGUAGUUGCAGUAUUCAUUGUAACAAUAUUUAUUGAAAAGAUAUAACUGUCAAUGUAAGGAAAUAGUUUGUGUCAUAACAAUAUAGUUGCCGUUAUGGUUAUAUAAGAACUAAUGUAAAAAAUAUUGUUUCCUGUAAUAUUUUUAUUAUUUCCUGAAGAGUAGUUUUAUAAGAAAUUUUAACGAUAUAGAAGUUAUUGUAAUGAUAUAAAAUUGUGAUAUCACAGCAGUAAUAGUAUAUCAGUUACAGUACUACUAAAAUAGUUAUUGUAAGGAUAUAGCAGGUGCUGUUUUAACAUCUGAUAACCAAAAAGCUUUUAGGAAUUAUACUGAAACAAUUCUGAAAUACGUUUAAUGAUUCAACAAUAUAUAUUAUCAAUUUCGUCACUGAACCAUAUAAAUUAUUUCCAAGUACUCUAUAUAAGCAUACUUGGGUUGGUGUUGCUAUAUAAACCCCCAUCUUUUCGUUGGGAACCAAUGUAUAUACUUGUUCAUCUUUGUAAUUAUGUAAUGAAUGUGAAAAAAAUGUAAAUUCUAAGAGACAAUGAUUUACACUUCAUAUUUAGGUCCUUGUAACUGUCUUUACUUUUCAAAACAAUAUUUACCAUCAUCAACGCAACAAAUUAACAUAAACACACACGCACACACACACACACACACACUUAUCUAUAUGUAAAUUUACACAUCCCCACAUACAUAAUUAUACCAUGCAUUAUCAAACGUGUUUAAAAUUAAAACCAAUUCUGCUCA